AUUACAGAGAUAAGUCUAUAUUGGAUGUCACUGACACCGGUGCGAACACCUGACGAGAUUUAAAAACGGUUCUUCUACGGCGCGUCAUUAACAGGAGUACAUUCUUGAUUUUCGUUGUUAUUAUUAAUUUUUCUUCAGGUGGUUGAAUAUCACAUGGAAAGAGCUCUUUGCUAGGAAUAACCUAGCAAAAUGUCUUCAGUAUAUCAAACGCAUCGGACCCAAUAACUAUAAACCAAAUUCAACCCAGACUAAACAAGGCCGUCUCCUCUAAUGGCCUUCUUACAACAGUUAAGACUUCUUCUCUGGAAAAAUGGCCUCAGUGUCAUCCGGCAGCCAGGCUGGUCACUGGCUCUCCUUAUCUGGCCACUUGUGAUCUUUAUCAUCCUGGCGGUCACCCGUUCACAGUUCCCUCCAAAACUCAAAGACACCUGCUAUGUGGCACCGAAAAACCUUCCGAGCACCGGAUUUUUCCCUUUCCUGCAGACCCUCAUGUGUAGCACCGACACUGCGUGCACCGGCAAAUCUUACCUAAAUGAGGGACAGUCCAAAUCGAACUGGUACACAGGUCAUCGUCGCCGCAGGGAUGCUGAAUCUCACAGUCUACCAGGACUGCUCCAUGGUUUACCUCCACUGGCCCAUCUAGAGAAGGGAGGUCUGGUUCACUCAAUCCUGAAAAGGGAGACAUCAGAUCAUCCAGAGCUCCUGGAGAUAUGGGACAGGAUGCUCAAUUCCAGCCUUCAAAACAUUCCCAAUGUGACUUCCGUCAUGCAAGCUUUUAACAACACAGAUCAGACAAUGGAACCUGUUUGGGAGUCAGUGAACAUUCUGAAAAAGUCCUUAUGCAGUUUCUUCAUGACUGCCAUCAACACAUCAGCCGGGACCCACGAUCUCUUCACACAAGGCUUAAUAAACUUCUGCAGUUCUAAUGACACGGUUCUAGAAGCAUCCUUACUAACCCUGAGCCAGGUACUGACAGAAAUGCUGCUCAAUAACCCGGCAGAAGUGUUGGAAAUGAUUGGAGGGACUGUGGUGGUCCUAGAUAGACUUCAACAGGAGACGUCAGUGUGGGACUUCAUGCUUGGCCUGCCAGAUCUUUUCCUGAAGCCCACAGAUAAAGAGAAACUAAAAUCUGGGGCAGGGGAAUUGGAGAAUCUUAAGAAUGCCUUGACAUUCCUCCAGAGGACUUUCCCACAGGCCAACAUCUCUACUGCUGCCACAAACCCAGUCAUCAAUAAAGGCAUCGGCAUUCUCAACUACAUGGGUGAAUGGAAAGGGAGAGAUGUGAAUGUCAAACUGAGUGAUGUUAUGAGCCCAAGCAGCAUUGUUGUACUCAGCUCAGACAUAAAGAACCUUAUCAACCAAACCCAGAUCCCUCUAGACAAGAUUCUUGUGCUGCUAAAUGAGGAAGACUUUCGUACCUUUUUGUGUGACCAAAACAUUCUCGCCUCCUAUUGUUGGAGCUGGGAAGUGGGCCAGAUAUUUCAAGGGAUUAAUACGUGGAAGGUUGUUGAACAGGUGCUGUUGGCCUGGAGUCAGACCUCUGCCUCUGCAGACCUGGCCUUCACUAAGGAGGUGUUCGACAGCUUGCUGGGCCUAGUCUCUCCAUCGAGCAUGGAUGCUCUUCUCAAACACAGCAGGUCGCAGCGCAGCAGUGACGCUCAGCCACAGAGCCUAGGGGAACAAUUAAUCUUCGGAUUAGGCAGUACAGCAUUUGAUUUUCUACAAGGGAUGCCAGGCUGGGAAUACAUUCAGACUUUAAUGAUGGGUGGCCAUUCAUCCAUGCAGGUGGCAAGAGUUGCAAUGGAAGCACAGCUACAAUUCAUUGAUGUGAUCCUGGGGGAUGCCAAGUAUGUCCAGGAGGUCUUCCUUUCUCUAAUGCAGAAUGAGACAUUUGCUAAGGCCUGGGCUGACCAUGGCAUGGACUCUAUUGUGCAAACAGUGGCCAAGGUUCUAGAAGGUCACACUAGCUGCAGAGAACUUUCUGCUCCCUGGGCUUGGAUGUCAACAUACAGCUCUAUAGACCCUCAGUUAUGGGGCACUCUAGUUUGCUCUGGGAAUGACACAAGUCUUCAGCAAAUACUCUUUACACCACUUUUGCCUGUAAUCGAGAAGGUCCAACAGUUGGUUGGUGUAGUAAAUGGAACUGUAAUGUACAACGUCACACCCUCCAUUCUUAUGGCGGAGUGGCACAGUCUAUACACAACCUCCCAGCAGUAUGGCUCUGCCCUUCAGAACUUGCAAACUGAGCUUAAUGAGGAAUAUUUUGUUGCUUGGAUCCCAGGGAACAUUUCAGUUGGUUUGGACCAGAUUCUGUUGACCAGGGGUACUGAUGCACUUGAGACCAUGGGUUCUCUGCUAGAGAAGAGCUCUCUGUGGCCCUCCAUGGAACCAUAUUUUCAAAUAGCUUAUUGGAUUUUGACCUACCAACCAAACGCCACUGUAUCACCAAACUGCACUUCAUUUACCUUCACCUGUCAGACCGGCUUUACAUGGGAAACAUCUGUUCCACUGAUUCAUUCUUUGAUAUCUGAAGUGAUCUCUGAACCUGACAGCCUGCUAAGACCUCUCCAGGGAACAGUGGCUUUCCUCCAAAACAGUUACAUGGCACUUUUGAAACAAGUCCUUGUAAACAGCAUACCUAAUCAACUGCUUGGUAGUGACAUUUCACUACAAGACUUGUUGCUGAACCUCAUUAAUACAGUUGAAAAAGAAAUUCAGCUCCUCUCAAACAUUGAGUCCACACAGCAGUUUGACACUCAACUUUCACUCAAUCUGUUAAAUGACAUCAUGGCGGCUCUUGGACUGGGGCAGAUAGAGAACCUGUUGUCAGGAGGAUCCCAGACAACCAGCCUUCAACCAGUGAUCAUGGACGUUCUUCAGUUCUUGAACAAUGGGUCCAUCCAGAUGCUAAACAAUGAGGAGGGUUUUGCAGUUCUUCACACAAUUUUGAGCCAACUUGGAGCCAUUUUGCCUCCAGAGCAGCAGUAUCAGUUAGAAGCAGGGUUAAAUAAGACUCAUGUCCUCAUUCGAGAUCUGGAGAUCUGUUCAGCUCUUGGCCAGCACUGUGUUGCUGAUAUCCAGAAUGUAUUUGAUUUUCUCGGAGCAAUGCUUGCAUUUGGAAAUAAUAUCACCAUCCAAAUAACACCUCUUAGGGGAAACAUGACUCUCCCUGUUGUGGUUGAUGUGCUCACUCUGUUCCUGCCAUGGAACAUGUCCCAGCCAGCAGAAGCCUCUAUGGAAAUUGUGAGGAAGGUUCAACAUCUUCUCGAGCAGGCUUAUGCAUCUCCUGUUUUCAACAUCAGUCAAGGACUACAAGCCUCCAAUCUCACCAUUUUUGAAUUAGUACAAAUCAAUUCUACAAUUCAUUAUAGAUGGUCAGCGUCCAUACUGCAGACUCUGAAUAUGGCCGUUCAAAUCCCACAAUGCCUGAACACUCAAACCACACAAUUUCCACAAUGGCAUCCUGCCAGUGGAGAAGCCAAAUGUGUCCUUCAGCUCAUUCAGAGUGCAUCUGGUUUAAUUGAAAUAAUACCUGUAGCAGAGAACGCUCAAAUGAGUCUUAAAGAUCUGCUUAACAUCACUGUAGUAGCGUAUCAGAAACUAAGUAACAUGUCUAGUUCCAGAUCUGACCCACUUGCAUUGACAGAAGAGGUGCUGAUAACAACACUGUCAGCCAUCAGACAGAACCUUCAGGGUCUCGGUGUAGAGAACAUCACUGAUAUUACAAGUGAUUUAAACAUUCUAGAAGACUUCUUGAAAAAGGUAAUCAGAGAACAGUAUCCAUACCACACCAUUAACUCAACAUUGAUGGCGCAGGGGCAGUAUGCACAGAAGAUGUAUGUGGAUAUCACACUGUGGUAUCUUAACAAGCUUGGAAAUGCCACCAGUGGCAGUAUGUUUGCAGAGAUUCUCAAUCAUCUGAUACACAUGACAGAAAUGCAAGUGGCACUCAUCAAUGCAGAGGCAGAUAUGGCGACGCUGGUGAUGAAUCAGAUCCAGAACUUGACCCAUGUGCAGCUUCCUCUGGAAGGCGAAGAUCUUGUACGAGUUGCCAAUACAAUUAUGAUUAUGUUGCAAGGUGAGCUGGGACUGAUUAAAAGAAACCUUGAGAUUCAACAGGCGUUCUACGAUUCUCUUGGCUUCCCAAUGAACAUUAGUAUUCCUGCUGAAAUUGAAGCCCAGAUCAUGAGCUAUCUCAGCUCGACAAGGGAAUGGAUCACUAACCAACAAGUGACAACGGCACUUGCAGGAAUUUUCCAAUGGGAAAUGAGCUCUGUAGAUAUCACAACACCUGGGAUGGAUCUUGAGAAGCUCCUCCAAGCCAUGAUUCCCCUACUCCCUCCUAAAGAGAGAGAGUAUCUUGCUGUUGUUGACCAGGUCUCUCAGGCAGUAAACUACGCUCUACAGGUGGCUAGCACUGAUGGUGGUCUUCAAAAUGAAAACUUCACCGAAGCCAUCAUCAGUGCUGUGAGAGUGGUUCUGGAGAGCAUGUAUAAUGAGAUUGGUGUUCUACCUCAGGGGGUGGUUGAAAAUGUUCUUAGCACUUUUAACGGUACCCUUCAGCUGAUCUUGAACACCAAUAUGAGCUAUGCUCAAGCUAGCAACCUCACACAGGAGACUGUCCAGAGGGUGGAGGGACUGAUUAAUGCACUUUUGCCAGCAGAGGCAGCAGAGGUGUUGGUUCCCAUCACAAAAAGCAUUCUCACCUAUUUCCAGACCAUCUCCCAACCUGGUGGAUCCGACAUAUGGAAUGAACUCAUUAUCAAUGUGAUGAAAGAAUUUCAGAAUUUCUUCCCAUCGAACAACACAGCUCAGCCUAUUGUAUCCACGUUGAUGAAGGUCUCAGAAUUCAUUCUAAGCUCAAAUGAAGGCAACUUGACGAAGGACUGGAUCAUUAACCAACAACUGACAAUUGCACUUGCCAGAAUCUUCCUGGGGAAUGUUAGUACUGUAGAUCUCGCAACAACUGGGGUGAAUCUUGACCAGCUUUUGCAAGCCAUUGCCCCCCUACUCUCCCCGGAGGAAAGAGCUUUCCUUUCUGUCUCCAAACAGUUGUCUCAGACACUAACCUAUGCUCUGCAGUUGGCUGGCACUGAUGGUGGUCUCCAAAGUGAAAACUUCACAGAAGCAGUCAUCAGUGCUGUGAGAGUGGUUCUGGAGAGUCUGUCUAAUGAGACUGAAGCUCUAUCUCAGGAUGUGGUUGAUAAAAUUCUGGGUGCUUUCAAUAGUUCACUUCAGCUGAUCCUGAACCCCAAUAUGAGCUAUGCUCAACUUGGCAACCUCACAGAGGAAACUCUCCAGAUGGUAGAAGGAGUGAUUCAUGCCCUUUUACCGGCAGAGGCGGCUGAGGUGUUGGUUCCCAUCAAAAACAGCAUUUUAAGCUAUCUAAAAAACAUCUCCCAACCUGCUGGAUUUGAUCAAUGGAAUGAACUCAUUAUAAACGUGAUGACAGAACUUCAGAAUUACCUGCCAUCUAACAACACAGCUCAGCCCAUCAUAUCAAUGAUGAUAAAAGUCACAGAAAACCUUCUGAGCCCAAAUGAAGGCAACAUGACAAAUGACUGGAUCAUUAACCAACAACUGACAAUGGCACUUGAGGCAGUCUUCCAGGGGAAUGUUAGUUCUGUAGAUCUUGCAGCAACCGGUGUGGAUCUUGACCAGCUUCUGCAAGCCAUGGCCCCCUUACUCUACCCUGAGGAAAAAAUCAUCAUUUCAAUUGCUGAACAGGUGUCUCAGAGAGUAAACUAUGCUCUACAGGUGGCUAGCACUGAAGGUGGUCUCCAAAGUGAAAACUUCACAGAAGCCGUCAUCAGUGCUGUGAGAGUGGUUCUGGAGAGUCUGUCUAAUGAGACUGGAGCUCUACCUCAAGAUGUGGUUGACAAUAUUCUUGGUGCUCUUAAUGGUUUACUUCAGCUGACCCUGAACCCCAAUAUGAACUACAAUCAAGCUACCAGCCUCACACAAGAGACUGUCCAGAUGCUAGAGGGAGCUCUUCAUGCCCUUUUGCCAGAAGAGGCGGCUGAAGUGUUGGUUCCCAUCACAAGUGGCAUUCUAACCUAUUUGAAGACCAUCUCCCAACCUAGUGGACCUGACAAAUGGAAUGAAGUAGUUAUAAAUGUCAUGAAAGAACUUCAGGUUUCCUGGCCAUCAAACAACACAGCUCAGCCCAUCAUAUCUAUGUUGCUAAACCUCACGGAAUUUGUUCUGAGCUCAAAUGGAGGCAACUUGACAAAGGAGUGGAUAAUUACCCAACAAUUAACAAUGGCACUUUCCGGAAUAUUCCAGGGGAACGUUAGCACUGUAGAUCUCACAACAACUGGGAAAGAUCUUAAUCAGCUUUUGGAAGCACUGACACCAUUGCUCUCUCCUGAGGACAGAGCCUUCAUCUCUGUCACUGGACAAGUAUCUCAGACACUAACCUAUGCUCUGCAGGUGGCUAGCACUGAAGGUGGUCUCCAAAGUGAAAACUUUACAGAAGCCAUCAUCAGUUCUGUGAGAGUGUUUCUGGAGAGUAUUUCUAAUGAGACUGGAGCUCUACCUCAGCAUGUGGUCGACAGUAUUCUUGGUGCAAUUCAUGGUUCACUUCAGCUGAUCCUGAACCCUAACAUGGACUACAGUAAAGCUAGCAACCUCACUCAGGAGACUAUCCAGAUGGUAGAAGGAGCGCUUCAUGCCCUUUUGCCAGCAGAGGUGGUUGAGGUGUUGGUUCCCAUGAAAAACAGCAUUAUAACCUAUUUGCAGACCAGCUCCCAACCUGCUGGACCUGACAAAUGGAAUGAAGUCAUUGUAAAUGUGAUGAGAGAGCUUCAGAAUUCUCUGCCAUCUGACAACAAAGCUCAGCCCAUCAUAUCUGGAAUUCUUAAGGUCACAGAGUAUGUUCUAAAAUCAAAUGAAGGCAAGUUUACUGUGUUGUCAUAG